AUGCUUAUCGUGAACUCCAAAUCUCUUGGUGCCCCUGUCCUUACAAUGACCGAUUUCCAACAGCACAAGAGAGAUAACGAUGAAUGGUUAUCCCCUCCAGUCUACACCCACCAUCAGGGCUACAAGAUCUGUCUCAGUGUGCAUGCUAACGGUGAUGCCACUGCUAAAGGAACACACGUCUCUGUGUAUGUGUGCUUGAUGAGAGGAGAGUUUGACGAUUCUUUGAAAUGGCCGUUUCGUGGUGUGAUUUCAGUGCGACUGCUGGACCAGAUCAACGGUAAUGAUAAUAAAACAUACACACUCCCCUAUGAUGACAAAACAUCUAACGAGUGCUGUGCCAGAGUGACAAAGGGAGAGAUAACAUGGGGGAGGGGAAUAACAUAUUUCAAUGCUCUCACUAAACUGGAGCCCAAGUAUUUACGAAACGACACCCUCCUCUUCCAAAUACACAAAGUAGAAUUGAAGUAG